AUGGCCGCACAGCUUGAGGCAGAACUCCAUGCCCCUGCUGAAGACAGCUUCAACAAGCUGGAGGGGAGCUUCAGGGGUAGCUCCAUGCGUGUGGCGAAGCCCAAGACACCGGCCCCCGGCUGCUUUUCCUGGUUGUCGAGCCCCAAGCCCAAGGAGCGGGAGGUGGACGUCAUCCUGAUCGGCGCGGGCGUCAUGAGCGCGACAGUGGGCUUGAUGCUGAAGGAGCUGCAGCCCGAGUGGAAGAUGAUGAUGUUUGAGCGCCUUGGCGCCCCGGGGGAGGAGAGCUCCAACGGCUUCAACAAUGCAGGCACCGGCCAUGCUGGAUUCAUGGAGCCGAACUACACCAAGGAAGUCAAGAACAGUGAUGGCACCCUGAAGACCGUCACCACUGACAAAGUGGAGCACGUUUGCGAGCAGUUCCUGAGCAGCCGCCAAUACUGGGAGUACCUCACACGCAAGGGCCUGCUGCCGGCGCCCGACUCCUGGAUCCACCAGACGAACCACAUCGCACUCGGUGUGGGCCAGGAUCAGGUCGAGUUCAUCAAGAAGCGCUACGAGGCGAUGAAGGAGAUGCCCCUCUUCCGAAGCAUGGAGAUUUGCCUUCCAGAGGAGAAGGCGAAGGCCAAGGAAUGGGCGCCGCUCAUCAUGAAGGGUCGUGACCCGUCCGAGCCGAUUUGCAUGACGAAGGUUCCCCAUGGAACCGACGUGGACUACGGCGCCUUGACCAAGGCCAAGAUCGUGGCUUUCCAGGAACUUGGUGGCGACCUCCGCUUGCACACGGAGGUAAAGGACAUCAAGAAGGGUUCCGACGGCAAGUGGACAGUGACCACAUGCGUGAACGGCGCAGGAUCCGGGUGGGCCUACAACAAGGCGAAGUUCGUCUUCGUGGGCGCGGGUGGUUGGGCUUUGCUCAUGCUCCAGAAAGCUGGCAUUCCGGAGGUCAGUGGCUACAUGGCCUUGCCGGUGACUGGCGACUGGGCGGUGUGCCAGAACCCGGAAGUCGUUGCUCAGCACAAGGUGAAAGUCUAUGCCCCUGGCGCCCCGGGCGCUCCACCCAUGUCGAUGCCGCACCUGGACUACCGCACCAUCGGUGGGAAGGAGAUGCUGCUCUUCGGCCCCUUUGGCUCGAUGACCAUGAAGUUCUUGCGGUAUGGCUCCGUGUUGGAUGCCUUCAAAGCCCUGAAGCCGCACAACAUCUUGCCGACCCUGGGUGCCCUGUCGAAGAACAUGAGCCUUGCCGUGAUGCUCAUGAAGGACGUGUUCAAGUCGGGGGCUGGGAAGCUCCACGACAUCCGACACUACUACCCUGAGGCUGACCCAGAUGACUGGGUCUUCAUCCCCGCGGGCGUGCGUGCCCAGAUCAUCAAGAAGGAUCCGAAGACCGGGAAGGGCAUGCUCCAGUUCGGCACCGAGGUCGUGUCCAACAAGGAGGGCACGAUUGUUGGCCUACUGGGUGCAUCGCCAGGUGCCUCGACCUGCGUCUCCAUCGCUCUGGAUGUCAUCCAGAAGUGCUUCGGGCAGAAGCCCGAGUAUCAGAAGUGGGCGCCCAAGCUGAAGGCCAUGAUCCCCAGCUUCUCCCCUGACGUGGCAGCCGGAGACAUGAAGAAGGUCACCAUGGAUGUGGUCAACAAGAUCUACACGGAGACCGGCGCCACCCUGAAGAUUUUGCCAAAGCACCCUUGA